CUCAUUCGUUACCUAUGGUGAUGGUGACCUGUCAACAAAAAAGUGUCAGCGUCAGAAACAAGAAAAGCGAAUAGAUUUCCAGACAACCAAGACUACGUUGGCAAAAUUUAUUUAUAAUGUCAGACAAAAGGAAAACCAAAAAGCGUAAAGAGGAGUUUGGAGAAGUGGCCGAGUCAGAAAAGGCCACGAGCGAAGAGUAUGCAGUCGCAAAAUGGCUUAAAGCCAAUGUUCCUACGAAGAAGACAAAGUUUCUAAACCACCAUGUGGAAUACUUUACAGGCACAAAAGCGGUAGACGCUCUUCUCACAUCAAAAUGGGCGACUGGAAAGAACCCUAUUUUCACCACAAGACACGAAGUCACAGACUAUCUUCAUCAGAUGCUUUUGCAUAAAUUAUUCCAUAGGGCCAAAAAGGUCCCAGUCACAGAACAAGAAUUAAAAGGGAAAUCAAAAAAGAAGGAAUUGGAGAAGUCUAGCAAAAGUGGUGAUGAAAAAGAUGGCGAGAAGAGUCAGGCCAGUGCUUGCGAAGGAAAGGACUCAAAAGACACAAAGGAAAAAGAAAAGAAGAAGCGAAAAAUCCGUUUAGAGAUGCACAUGGAUCAAGUCUUUUUGGACACAUUAGAUGCAUAUGUCUGGAUCUAUGAUCCUAAACCCUGGUACUACUGGCUGUGCGGUAUUCUGGUAGUCGUCGGGACUAUAACCGUUUGUAUGUUCCCCCUGUGGCCAGCUACAGUCCGUAAGGGCGUCUACUACUUGAGUAUCGCGGCCGCUGGAUUCCUGGUAACUAUAAUAGGUCUAACGGUACUGAGAGUAGUGGUCUUCUGUCUCGUGUGGAUGCUCACUCUGUCAAGACAUCAUCUCUGGCUGCUACCCAACCUCACUGAAGAUGUUGGAUUCUUUGCUUCAUUCUGGCCGCUUUACAAAUACGAAUACCGCCCUGGCGCGGACUCUGAAAAGUCAUCGAAGAACAAGAAGAAAAGGAAGAAAGACAAGUUAUCUGAUGAUGAGAGUGAGAAGACGCCACUUCUUGAAGAGAAGGCGAGUGAGACCAGCGACGGAGCCAGCACAGCCCGCACUGCAGUUACCACCAGUGACAAUGCCACUAUUGACACCAAAUCUGAAUUAGAAACACCAACGCCGCCGGCCGAUAAACAGUCGGAGUCAGAGUCUGAAAACAGCCAACGCUCUUCCACUGAUAGGGAUUUCGAAAUAGUAGAACCAGCAGAUCUAGAACCAGACCGAGAAGAUAACGCGUAAAAGAGGGAUUUACGAGAUCACUGUGGGUACGUUUGUAUGGUUCAGACAAUGGUUUUGCGCAAAAUCGCGCUAAGUUGCGCAAAAUCGCGCUAAAUUGCGCAAAGUUGCGCAAACAUCUAAUCGGUUAUAUAAUUUUUGUGUAAAAACUCGACUAUUUAAUUUAAAUCUGAUUGUGUAAUAAUCUCUUGAUAUUAUUAUAAUAUUAUUGUGCUCUAG